AUGGUGGUAUCAACAGCAGACGUGUGCUACUUGAUAUUAGAUUAUUUACAAUUCAAUGGGUGGCAAAAGAGUUUCGAAAUCUUCUACCAGGAAUGUCCACACUUUAGGAAUGAAACUCAACAACAGGAUUUAUUCGAUCGGAGGAAUUUACAAGACAUUGUACAGGGAUUCGCUGACGUUUUAAUCCAAGGCAAUACAGCCAGACAACCGCAAAGUAACGCUGUCGUACUCGACAGCCUUUGGAAAAAAUUUGACGAUAUUGUCAGUCAAAUAAAACAUACAUCGCGAAAGUCCUUCAUCAAAUCUGUAGAACAUCCGACUUCUUCUCAACGAGUUCGUACCAGGCAAGGACUAAAUAAGCGGCGCAUUGUACCACUAAAAAUAUCAACUGCAAUGAAUGACAGCCCUAACAGUGAUAGUGGCGGUUCUACUGCUAUUCCACUAGCUAAGAGAACUCUAUAUUCAUUAGAUUCUACAUCGCCUAUUAAGACAUUAGUCAAUGUUGCUAGUGAUAUGUACAAUGAAGCUUAUCAACAUAGCGAAGAAACUUCAGAAUUGAUCCGUAGCGGCUAUGGAUCACCAAAGCGAAAGAAGUUUAUGCCCCGCAAAAGACAUACAAUAGAACGAAUUCCGGACAGGAAUGAGCAAGUGGUUGCAGAUUCUGAGAUGCCACAACAUAUUAUAGAAACUCUACUCGAAAAUACUGAAUUACAACAAAGAUUAGCUAGUAAUAUCAACAAAGUAGUAUAUAGCUCUAAAGAUGAUCCUGCCAUCAUAAGUGAAGCCCCUUUAGAAAAAGAUAAUGUUACGACAGAUAUUGCAGGUACGUCGGAAAACAAUAACGACAUUAUUUCAAGUCUGCCGUCGAAUGCUUCCGUAGAAAAUGAGGUUAAAGAUUAUAACUUAUCAAGUGAUGCUGUAAGCAAUAUCGUUGAAUUGACUGAAUCCGAUCCAGCAUUUGAUCAAUUGCUGGCUAUACUCGAUACUGUUCAAGUUACUUUAACUCCAGACGUCAAAUCUACUAAUGAAUCGUGUCAAACAGUAUCACUACAAGGUGAAGAUCAUCUGCAAACCGAAGGUGCCUCGAACGAUGAUAUGCUGAUGUCUAUAAAAAGAAAAUUAUCUGACAAUCACGUUCGAAAAUUGUCUUUUGAUGUAAAUAAUAAAAAAUCACCACAUGAUAAGAUGGAACAUUUAAAUCGAAACGAAAAUAAUAAUAUCAACGAUGAAGAAAAUAUGACUGCGAUGGAAGAACAAACUGCAACUAAUGAGCUACAUGUUAUCGGCGAUAAAUUUUCCGAAUCAGAUGAUUUGAGUGAACACCACGAAGAAAAGGAAUCUCCUCCUGUGGUAAUAAGAGUUUUAAAUUCAUGUUAUGUAGCAUAUCAAUUAUGUCAGCUUGCUUUUUCAGAUAAGCAAAUCGUACUUGACGGUCGAUUUGAUUUUCAGUGCUGUAUUUUACUUGUAGAGAUCGGAUCAAAACGUAACUGCCGACGGCAGCAACAUGAAAAUUUUUCCUACUGGACUAGAUGUUGA